GCGUAAACCAUCGAAAAUGCUCGUCCAUCGUCUUCGUUGUGCCGCAAACAUCAAAAAUCCUUCGACAUGUUUAUGGGUGUGCAUGAUAUCGUGGACAAGUUCAUUUGUCAACUUUUCCGACGAUGCUACCUACGAUCCGGUUGGUUUUCGUCUUAUUUGCCAUGGGGCUGCUGGCUGCGGUGGCACAGUCCCAAGUCAACACGACUCUUUGUGGCCCUCGAGUUCGACGGGCGUACAGCAAGCUCAGUAUGGCGGAAAGGGACACCCUCAAGUUAGCAUUUGAGCUUGCCAUGCAAUUGGGGCACCAUCACCGGUUUGUCGCCGUGCACCAGCACCCACCCAACGAGUACGAAGCGCACAGCUGUAUGCUUGUGUACUGGCAUCGGCGUUUCCUCUGGGGCUAUGAAAACAUGCUGCGUUCCCUCGGCGACGACUUUCAAUGCAUUACGAUUCCAUUCUGGGACUACACGGCCGCGAGUUCAAACUACCUCGACCCGAACGUCCCGUGUGCGUCCAUGGCCGAGUGCAACCCUGUCUUGCCCGACUAUGGGGCCAGCAGCAGCAUCAAUGUGGACAGCAACAGCUCGACGUUUAUCCUGGGGGGGUCAACCACUGCCGCGGGCGAAACCGUGAAUGCCGACUAUUGCGUCCGAGACCCUGAUCAGCCCGCCACUCGUAGCUUUUGCCAGAGCGAAGACGCGUUCCGAACCAACACUUGCCUCGGGUGCAUCCCAAGAGGGGAUUGGACGGCGGCGCAAGUCACCACCGAUAUGACCUUGGUGAGCAUCAGCAACCAAGUGUUUGCCCCCACCAUGAGUGUGUUUACACAAAACAUCAUGUACAAAGUGCAUCCCAAAGUCCACGCCAACUUGAACGGCGCUAUGUCCACGAUGGCCUCCCCCGCGGACCCCGUCUUCUUUUUCCAUCAUGCCAUGAUGGACGCUCUGUGGUCCAUCUACUACAAGUGCCAAGCCCAGGGCGCUAUGCUGUCCGACUCGCGUGUGUUUCCGCCGUCGGACUGGAACCUCUUCAACCGUCGCGUGUGCGGUCCGGCCGUGGCCAUCGCCAAGAGCUCGUCCCCCCGGUUCACUAUUUCCAAGAACAACAUGUCCAUGUUGUACGUGAACGGCACGACGGGGGCCGCCACGUUUGACGUGGGCGACCCCAGGAGCCCCCUCGCGCCCUUCUUCGCCUCCACUCCCACGACCUACACGUCGUACGGUCGGUAUCCGGCGUCCGCGGGCAUCUCGUACGACUUCGCCGGCACGGGGCUGGACAUUCUCUUCAACGAGUGCUCGUCGUGGCUAACUUCGGCGACAGUUUCGUCGUCGACGGCGGCCUCGUUCUUGGACGCCCGCUACGACGGCGGACGGCGAAACAACAAGCCCAAGACACGCGGCCAGUCCAAGGCUGUGGCCACCCAGAUCGACGCCAUGCAACGCAUGUACGCGCACGCUCGGAAGUACGUCAAGAGCGACCGCAAGGCGCGGGAAUAUGUCGAAAUGAUGAUAUGUGUCCAUCGCAACGAGUGCCUCGGAGGGGUUUUCGACUACGCGGCUACGUUCAAACGAAGCUUCAAACUUCACUUGAGUCCGUACUGCUACGAUGUGCUGGAAGACAUUGCGACGGGAGAGCGAACCAUCCCAGUCCCUGGCUGGGCGCGGCUGCUCAUGGACACGUACGGAUGCACUCACAUUCAACAAGAUACCCCUUACCAAGACCGAAGCCGUCGGUAUUAAUCACGGAGGAAGAGGCAGCAUCCAAGACCACGUCAGCGGAUGCAUUCGUCGGGGAUGCCGACAUGUUUGCACGUUUUGAUAUAUACCGUACUAUAUUGUUUACGUUUUUUCAUCGAUAUUUCCAAUAACGUUAGUGCACCAUGAAUGGCAAUACGUAAGAUGUUUCGAGGUGUUGGGGUCAAUAUUUCUAACUACUACAGUAGUAACCUACUAUUAAU